GUGAGAGGUGGAGGAGAAAAAACAGAUGACACAGCUAGUGUCUGAAGGGAGGAUAAAAAGUGGAGCUGCUUACACCAAUAACUGCAACAGUGGAUUAUCUUUGGACACACAUGAUUUUCUCAGUGCAAAACAAAGUAAGUUGCUCAACAAUCCUUUGUCCAAGACUUGUUAAUGUGUUAAGAUUCAGGAUUAGAGGGAUAAGUAGAGGUUAAAGUUAUACCGGUCAGCAUGGCAGUAGCUAACCCAUGCUUCCAGAAGGAAGGGUAUGAAUGGACGGAAGUUAAGAACAAGACGGGGAGGCGAUGGAGGGAGAGGGGGAGACAGAGGGCAAAAUUGGAGGUGAAUGGGGAAGAUGGAGAAGAGGUGGAGGAGGGUGAUGGGGAGGAAAUGGAGGAGGAUACAGGCAGUGAGGAAGUGAGAGAGGAGGCAAAUGAAGCAGGUAGGAAUGGAGAAGAAGAGGUAGAGAUGAACGUGGACAAGGAGGUAGGAGAGGAGGACACAAAGGAGGGAGAGCAGUUAGAAGAUGAGCAAAAUGAAGAAGACAUUGCAGCUCAAAGAAAUGGAACAGUAGAUGAAACAGAUAAGAAUGGAGAAGAAGAGGAGGGAGAACUGGAGACAAAGAGGGAGGAGGUAGAUGACCUGGAGGAUGGAGAGGAAGCAGGAGGAAAUGAGGCAGAGGUUUGGGAGGACAGGGUCGAGAGGGAGGUUGGAGGGAGUCAGGAAGGGCUUGAUAAAGAGCUAUGGGAGGAAGAAGGGGAAAUGGAGGAAGAGGUUGAGAUGAAUGUGGACAAGGAAGAAGAAGAGGAGGAGACAACAGAGGGAGAACAGGAAGAAGAUGACUCAAAUGAGCAAAAUGUAGAAGACAGUGCAGAUCAAAGAGAUGGAACAAUAGAUGAAGAAAACCUUUCAGAUUCAGCAAAAUCUGAUCAUGAGGAUUUUGACUGGAGAUCUGAGGGUGACAUUGAUGAUUCUGAAAGUGAUGAUGAUGAUGAUGAUGAUGAAGAAGAAGAAAAAGCUUCAGAGAAACAGAGCGAUGACCUGAAGGAACUGGACGAUUUGCAGGAACACUCAAGUACAAAUGAAAGCAGUAUCCGAGAAGCAUGGACUUCCACUGAGGAAGAUGUGAGUGAGAAGCUGCUGGAUGAGGAAGAAACGGCGACAAGAUCAUGUUCAACGCAUGAAGAAGACUUUCUGGACUAUCAGGAGGAAGAGGAAGACUCUACAGAUGAUGAGGAAGCAGAACAUUCAUUGUAUGAAGACGUGGAUUGUAGUGAUGAAGGUGCCAUGAUGAAGAUAUUCCAAGAAGACGAUUAUCCCAAGGAUAUAUUCCGGACUUUGACAGAGUUCAAGGACUCUUUCCUUCUCACUGACCUAAUUAUUAGCACAAACGACGGGAAGACUUUCCAAGUACACUCCCUCGUCCUGGCAGCUGUCAGCUCCCUCAUCUGGGAAACUCUGAGUAGAGGCAAUAUGGUAUAUAACGUUGAUGGCAUAAAAGCCAGGAAUACGAUUAGUGUUGGAAUCAACACGUGGUCUCUCUGUCUGGGCCCAGAGGUGGACCAUGUUGGGUUGGAGGCAAUUGUGGAAUUUGCCUAUUCUGGACAUGUAUCUCAACUAAACAAGGACACCAUGGAACAGAUAAAGGCUGCAGCUCAAACACUUGGUGCCCACAGGGUGAUGGAACUCUGUCCUGAAGAAGGGUCCACACAUACUGGAGAGAAGAAGAAAGAAAAAAGAAUCUCUGCUGCGGAACAAAUGAGGAUCAGCCUUCAGUCCAUCAGACAGAUGUGGAUGGACGGGGUAGGCUGCGAUGUUAUUUUGGACGGUAUCGGGAAAUCACUUCAUGUCCACAGAAUCAUCCUUGCAGCAAGCAGUGACUAUUUCCGUGGCAUGUUCACCUUGGGAAUGAAGGAGUCCUACCAGCCUCGCAUAAACCUGCCCUUCUUGUUGGCUUCCGAGCUGGAGACUCUGAUUGGCUGCUCCUAUAGUGGGGCUUUGUCCCUCAGCUGGAGGUGUGUCUUUGAGCUCACCAGCACUGCUCUCCAGCUCCAAUAUCAACCAGCCCUCUCCUUAUGUCUCAGCUUCCUGCAAAAGGAAAUCAAUCCCCAAUCCUGCCUGGAUGUGGCAUCUUUUGCCGCAGCUUAUGAGAUGGCACACUUACUCGAAGUUGCGGACGAUUAUGUGUUACGACAAUUCCAAAAGGUUGCGUGCACCUUGAAGUUCAAGGAUCUGCCAGCCCGACAACUUCUUAAGUACUUGAACAGUCGCUCACUCUGUGUCCAAUCCGAGCUUGUUGUAUUCAAAGCAGUGGUAGCAUGGAUUCAAGCUAAACCCAAGACAAGGAUUAGACUUACCAAGGAAUUAAUGAAAACAAUCAAUUUUCCCCUAAUGACAUUCAAGGAAUUCAAUGAGGUGCACUCUUUGAACAUGUGGUCAGAGCACAGCCUAGAUGAACUCUACAAAACAAUUUUUGAGAAUUUCUGUUCCUAUGAGACUGCACCACAUAGCCAAUACCGCAUCUAUCUCCCAAAAGAGAGUCUGGUGUUGAUUGGAGGUGACCAGAUCACUGAAGACUUCGGAAGGCGAACAAUCAGUAGGGAACUCUGGUUUGGGAAUUCCCUUAGGAACCAUACAGGAGUAAAAAAGGCCAUGGAGUGGAGAAGGUUGGGAGAAAUGCCAGAACCAGCAAGGUUCAGUCAUGAGGUGGCGGUGAUCAAAGGACAACUGUAUGUGUUUGGGGGAAAGAAGUAUUACGGCCUUGGCGACACCCUGAAUUCUGUUUUAAGGUACAACCCCAAUGAAAGCAGCUGGGAGAGUCUUCCUGAAAUGCAGGAGAAGAGAUGCUUUUUCUCUGUGGUUGUGCUGGAUGGACAGAUAUACGCCAUUGGUGGCCACUGUGAGCCAGAGUAUAGGGAUAGUGUGGAAAGAUACUGCCCUGCUACAAACUCUUGGAGCUUCACCCGGCCUUUGGACCUACCUCUGACUGGACAUGUGGCAAAGGUUUCACAGGGGCAGAUCUUCAUCUCAGGAGGGGUGAACGAUGACUACAGGUGUCUUGCAACCAUGUUUCGUUACCAUCCAGAAACAGGAAGCGCACACCUCGCAAACAUGACAAGACCUCGGGCUUAUCACUGCAUGGAGGCGCUGGGUGACUGCCUUUAUGUCGCAGGUGGGAACACCAUCGACGACCACAUGACUGUUGUGGACCAGCUCACCUGUGAAGUGUACAGUCCAGCCGUGAACACGUGGACCGCCUUCAUGUCUCUGCCGGUGCCACAUGUCGGAGCAGGAAGUGCAGUUUUGGAGGGAAAGUUUUACGUGCUGGGCGGAUACAGCCAGGAAGAUUACAGCGACACUAAAAUGGUGCACCGCUACGACCCUACCACACAGAGAUGGGAGAACAUUGGCAAGAUGCCUGGGCCGAACAAUGACAUUCGAGCAUGUGUGCUGUCCCUGCCGGAGCAUUUAAGAUUGCAACAUCUGUGAAUUUCUGGUUUCAAAAACUGCCUGUCGAAUUGUCCCGAGUCCCAAGGCCUCACGGUGGGAGUUAAUUUUGCAACAUUUUGCAUUUUCCAGACUGCUUACUGUAUGUAUAAACAUCAGACAGAAGAGAGUGAUUCAUACAUGUUCACAACAGUUGGACUAUUUCUGGAAUAUUUAAGCAAGGAGUGGUGCCCGGUUGAGGAAGAAGAUUCGGCCAUAAAUCACUUCGAAUUUUGAUAUUUUCCCAUAGUAUUCUUAUAUGUGGGUUUCACUGGGAAAUUUGCCUGACAUUUGAGGAGGUGACCAGCAUGAUAGUUUACGGAAAAUAACCAGACAAAACAUCUAUAGUGAGAUACAGUGUGUCAACUAUUGUUUGAUUAUAUCAUGCAGAGUUAUGAAUUUUAGGAUUCUGCUAGGAUGAGUAUCGAGAUUUCACUGCCACAAUUGAUAUUGUUGUUUAUUUUAGCUUUGCUAGAGUUUUCAAACCAUUUCCUAAUGAUUGCAUCGGGUAAUGUAGGUGUUUUACUUGUUUUACAUCACCAAAUUAUAGUCUAGGUUGAUAAAUAAGUGUAUCGGUAUCAAUUAUCAGUACCUAUAUCAGUAUCAGUAUGGAUAUAAUCCUAAUGAUACCCAUCCCUACUCGGUGCAUAAUAUUAUAACGAUUUAAUGUUGUAAUAAAAACCAAAUGAUGUGUAUCUCGGAAAAUGAAUUGUAUACUGGAUUGACUUGAGAGGCGUCUUUAGCCGUGCCAAAUGAUAAAAUAUAAAUAUAUUGUGAUUUUUAGUGCUUUAUGU